CAGUGACCUUGCUGGGUGAUGAGAUGGUGUGUGAGAACAAGGAGAAUCCCCAGCAAGAAGAUGCUGAGCAAGUAGAACUACCUGGGAUGUUAUCAGGAAUAUCCAAAGGGAAAGUUUCCAGGAGUUGUGCACUCCCAGAAAAAGCAAAAGCCUGUGAGACUAAGCACAGGCCAGAGGAAAACUUCAGUAGCUACUCAGACCUUAUUACACUUGAGAGCAUCAACUUGGAAGAGACACGCUACACAGGCCAUGAGUGUGGGAAAAGCUUCAAUGAGAGCUCAGACCUUCUCACACAUCAGAGAAUCCACAGUGGAGAGAAACCCUAUAUGUGCUCUGAGUGUGGGAACAGCUUCAGUCGGAGCUCACAACUUAUCAGACAUAGGACCAUCCACACAGGAGAGACACCCUACACAUGCUCUGAGUGCAGGAAAAGGUUCAAUCGGAACUCAAGCCUUGUUAGACAUCAGAAAACCCACACAGGAGAAAAACCCUACAAGUGCUCUGAGUGUGAGAAACGCUUCAGUUAUAACUCAGUCUUCAUCUGGCAUCAGCGAAUCCAAACAGAAGAGACACCCUACGCAUGCUCUGUGUGUGGGAAAAGCUUCAACCAGGGCUCAAGCCUUAUUAGACAUCAGCAAAUCCAUGCUGGAUGGACACCCUACACAUGCUCGGAGUGUGGGAAAUGCUUCAUGGCUCAUUCAGCCCUCAACACACAUGAGAGAAUCCACACAGGAAAGAGACCUUACAUGUGCUCUGUGUGUGGGGAAAGCUUCAAUCAGAGCUCAAACCUUAUCAGACAUCGGACAAUCCACAUAGGAGAGACACCGUACAUGUGCGCUAAGUGUGGGAAGAGUUUUAAGCAGAGCUCUUCCCUGAUCACACAUCAGACAAUCCACACAGGGUAGGUGCCCUACACAUGCUCUGAGUCUGGGGAAUGCUUCAGUUUUAGCUCAGCUCUCAUCAGAGAAUCCGCAGUGGAGAGACGUCCUACACGUGCUGUGAGUGUGGGAAAAGCUUCAGUCGGAGCUCAAACCUUGUUAGACGUAAGAAAAUCCACAUAUGAGAGAAUUGUAAUAAAUGCCUUGAUUCCUGCUGGCCAAAGAUUGUUUUUAAAAAAAUCACAAUUGCGAAUUCCCACAGAGCGACCUUUGCACCAUCUUCACCGUGGUCUCUCAGCUCUCCUAGAUGAGUUCCCUGCUUCUGCCUUUUGCAGCUCCCUGUUCUUUAUUCCCCAUCACUAUCCCAAUCCCCCUGUUGUUCAGUUGGUUAGGUCAAUAUUUUUUCUAAAGGGCUGAGAAGACUAGUCUCUAGUAAAUGGCUUGAAACUAAGCAAAAUACCCGUGCAUUUGACUAUCAAAGCAGUUGUGGCCCAGGCCCUGCAGGAGGUGACUCCUGAAGAGAUCGCCUUCCUAAUCAGGUGCAUGUUGCCUAUUAUUUGGGAAAUGCAAUUCCUAUCUAGUUAGGGAUGGGGGAAAUGGAAGGGAUGUUUCUGUUCAGCUCACCCGUGGGAGAUGCUACAAAUAUGUAGAAAAUGAAAUCUGUGUUGAAUGUGACAUAGCUGCAGAAAGAGACCUAUUUUCAAUAGAUACCUGACAUUUGGUGCUUUACAGGGAUUCUAAGCCUCACCUGAAUUUAGUCCCUAAUUUAAAUCUGUGCCACCAGAUUAAAGAAAUAAAAGGGCAUAUUUGGGGGAGUUAUAUCUCACUAUCACUAUUGAUACGUUGUGUAGUUGGUGAAGAAUUCUACACCAGAGACGUGUAAAAUUACUCUAAGAAAGGUCAAAGAUUUGACAAGAAUUCAGGUAGAAAUUGUAGGUUUUGGUUUUCACCCUAGAGAUGGAAGCUAUGGUGACCUGUGGCCCAGGUAAACUAUUUUUCGAACGCUGCACCCUAGUUAAGUGGCAUUAGUCACACUCCUAGAGGAUACCAUGAUUAAAUUGGGAACAACUGUCUUUUACCAUCUGGCUCCAAAGUUUCAUGAAGCACAGAGAGAAACAGCUGAUUCCUUCAGAGACAUUCCACGCCUCUGGGUCCCAAUCUGGCUGCCUUGUUGGACAAGAAGCACUUCCAUGCUGGGCAAAUGAUGGUAGCCAAUGAGGGAAUGUAUCAGAUUCCAAGUUCAGACUGCAGGAUACAUGAAUGCUGAGUCCUGACUCCAUGGUUUGGUCUCUUAGUUUUGCUAUUAAGUUUUAUGCAUUUGUAUCACUUCUCCACCUGCUGCUACUUUGAAAGAUUAGAAAAUGUGAAAAUAGAGCACAAGUGUUUUUUUCUCAUGAUGCAACCUUCCCAAGUAGCGUGAGAGCCCUUCCACCUACACUUGUGGGAGAAGACCCAGGGCAAAAUGAACUCACAUAAGUGGAAGGCUCUUCGGUUAUUGUAGAAUGUGACUUCACACAAAACUCAAUGGUGGAAAUGGGAAUUAAGAGAAAACUGCCCUAUAGGUUUAUAUUUUGUAAUCUUUGAAUAAGUUGUUACCAGCGACAAUGAAAUUAAACAUGAAGUUAAUUAGUGUAAAGUAAGAGGCUGAUUAUGUGAUAACUUUCAGUGUUACAAUAUAAUUCAGAUUUUCUUCUAGUUCUCUCCCCACCCCUCCUACUAUAUCGAAAAUGGUGGCUAAUCCUGAAAAGUAAAACCUCACUCCAAAGAAAUUAGAGUGGAGGAACAUGUGAGAGAAAUAGUAUGUAUGAAAAUAGACCCCUAGUGUAGACUGUAAUUAUAUCUAUUUCAAAUGGAAUUUAUUUUGAUAAACUUUAAAAUAAAUAUUCUGUGAAGAGGAAAA